AUGGACCUUCAAAUCAGCUUGGGCAACCUGGCAGUAUCCCAGCCCUCGUGCAACAUUAGGGUGGUAUGGCAGUUAGGCACCGAAAGGGUGCCACAGCUGAACGAUAGUAGAGAGCUAUGCUCAAAAAUAAGCCCAAAAUUUUUACCACCUUUUCACAGUAACGAAAAACGAAGUGCUCACUUACUUCUCCUGACAUCAGUGGAUAGCAAUGUCCUGUUAAACGUCUUAUUGAUGUGUGAAUGCUAG